AUGCCUCCGUCAUCUGGUGGUAAGCUGCUUGCCUGUCUCAACCUCCCUUCAUCCCUAACUCAUCGUGACGUGACACUGGGGUCCAACAAACGACGCCGUUUACCAGCUGAGAGAGGUGGCUUCUUGCUGGCUUCUGGUCAUCCUGACCUCAUGCUGAGGCAGAAGGCUUCACCCACCACCCCUCAUCUCUACGAUAAGCGAUUUGUGUUGCUGACAUUGCUGCUUAUUCUAUGGAAUCAAGGUUGGAUUGUUUCUCUACAAAUACUCAAGACUCUCACUGUGCUUCUGUCUUGUAGGCUCCGCCUACAUCUACCACUACUAUCCUUCUCCCUUCUGCAACCUUUUUAUUAUUAUCUACCAUCAGAUUCCAAAUGGUGUCUAGGUCAAGUGCGGUCAUUUCUUAAAGUGAGGGAAAUAGAACCGGCAAUCAUCCAGAUUUUGAAUAUUGGAUGCUUCAUAGCUGAGGGAUCUUACAUGCACAAACAAAAAGAAAUCUCCCUUUGUAUUUCAGAAACCAUCCUAGAGCUUGAUAUGCUACAACAAGCGCAUGAUAUCAUUAUAGAUAAGCUUUGUCAUGUAGAAGAGAAACGUUAG